AUGAAUGGUGAAAUCAAAUUAACCCCAGAGCAGAAAAAAUGUGCUGAACAUCCUUUAAAUCAAAAAAAUUUAGUGAUUAAUGCUGACCCCGGUACUGGCAAAACCGAAGUUUUGAAACAGCGAGUGCUUUUCAUUCAUGAAUUUUUAUUAAAAGCGGAGCAGGGAAACAAAGGAAUGAGUCGAUGGCAAAGAAAAGUAAUUUUAGUUUUGGCUUAUGGAAAAAACAUUGCCGCUGAAAUAAGGGCGAAAUUGAAUGCUCGCGGAUUAAAGUCUAGCGGCAUUAAUGAUUUGGUCAUUAAAAAACAGUUUCAAGAAGAAAGAAGAAUUCACGUGCUAACUGCUACUCAGCGGGUAGAAAAGAAGCAAGGUUUAAUCUCUCAUGAUGAGAAAAACCAGAAAGAGGAUGUUCCUUAUUGUCGUUAUGAAGUUAACUAUUCCUCUUUCUUAAAUCAAAUUUCUAAUUUGCUUCCGCCCGAAUCCAAACUCUUAGCCCUAUUAGAAUCUGCUUGUAAACAGGACAAGGCCAAAAAUGAUUUAAAAGUAGAAACUUUGCAUCUAAUUAUAAAAAUAUUUGGUAGUGAAAGAACUAAUUUUACCUUUGUGGGCGAUCCCAAACAAAAUAUUUUUGGUUUUGCCGGUGCCCAGGCUGAUAUUUUUAAGUUGCUUGAAGAUUAUUUUCCCUCUCAAACUCACAGCGUUAUUGCUACCAGUUUUCGCUUAACUCCUGAAAUAGCGGACUUUGCUAACCAUUUCAUCCAAAAAUUUAUGACUUAUCGGUCCUCAAUUCAGACCACUAAACCUAAAACAAACCAGAAGCCACAAAUAAUUGUGAUUGGCCAAGAGUUAGAUUAUCAAUUAAGUCUUCAAGACUUAAUUGACAUUAAGAUAGAGUUGGAAAAAAAUCCGGAAUUAAAAAACUCAAACUUGGCGAAGGACAAGAUUCGGAUGAAAAAACUCGAAAAACAUAUGAACACUAUUCUCUCUAUCAUCAAUAAAUUGGAUAAUCCUGCUACUUCUAAAGCCAUACUUUAUCGCCAAGGCGAAAUAACAAUUAAUGAUAUUAUUCGUCAAGUCAAGCAGCAUUUUAAAGGUUCGGCUUCUGAAAAAUUAAAAGAGCAUACUGCUAACCAAAAAGUAGAAAAAAAAGAACUAGAAACUAAUUCGACUAAUCUAGAAUUCUUUUCUUUGAGGAGUUUUCUAGCCAGUUGUAGAAUUUCUGAAAAUAGUAUCUUUCAGUUAGCGGAAAUAGUAAAAAAAAUUGACGAGAACUUGCCCCCUAAUCAACCUUUAACCCGAGACCAAAUUAACGAAUUUAUUUCCCGGUUAGAGGAAGUAAAAAAUCACCCCGGUAUUAUUCUUUCUACUAUUCACGGCAUGAAAGGUUUAGAAGCCGACUAUGUUUUUCUCAUUUUUUGUGACCAAAAGGUUUUACCCAAAAAAGAGAAAUUCUUGAAUGAUUGA